AUGGAGUUGACUCAACUGUCCCGGGUUCGACAUAAAAAUAUUGUGCACCUGUAUGCCACGGCAAAAAAUGAAGCUUCAAUAUGGUUGGUCAUGGAGUUGGCCGAGGGCAUUUUGCAUAAAACCGAACCCCCGGUGCUCUAUAGUCUGUCUGAGGCUAUUUCGUGGGUCCAUCAGUGCGCGAGUGGUGUCGCAUACCUGCACUCAAUGCGACCCAAACUUAUAGUCCAUAGAGACCUCAAGUCGGCCAAUUUACUUUUAUUUCAUAACCGAUCUCUAUUGAAAAUUGGUGACUUUGGUGAGUCAUGCGAUCUACACACAAUCAUGACCAAAGAAAAGAGUAGAUUAGGCACGGUCCGGUGGAUGGCACCGGAAGUCAUGACAAGUGACACAUACACGGAAAAAUGUGACGUCUAUAGUUGGGCAAUGAUAUUGUGGGAGGUGUUGGCCCGUCAACUCCCGUACGGAUGGCUCGAUGCGAGUGAGUUAUGCGUAAUGUAUGCCGUCGUCUUCACAGACAAACGCCCCUCACUUUUGCAUAACUGUCCACAAGUCAUCGAAAAACUUAUGAUAAAGUGUUGGACAAGAGACCCGGCUAUGAGACUGCCCAUGAAGCAGGUUGAGAUCAUUAUGUCACAAAUUUACCACGAUUUUAAAAUAUCAAAUGGUACGUUUGGCGGUACUCAUCGUGGUAUCUGGAAUGGGCGAGAGGUUGCAUUGAAACAAAUUUGUAUCAAGGACAAAACUCAAGCCAGGAACCUUUUCGAUAUGCCUGAUAUUGAAAAUAUCAUCAAGGUGUUUGGAACUACUAAGUCUAAUGGCUUAUUAUAUUUGGUAGUGGAGUACGCUGAUGGUGUUCUACAUAGUUCCAAAUCACCUGAGCCUUAUACGAUGACCCAGGCAAUCUCAUGGAUUCAGCAGUGCUUACAUGGUGUACAAUAUUUGCAUUCAAAAGAUGUUAUAAUUAAGCAUCUUAAAUCCACAAAUCUGAUGCUAUUCAACCAACGAAAUUUAUUAAAAAUUUGCGAUUAUAUCCAAUUAUCACAUACAACUGAGUCAGCCCGCUGGAUGGCACCGGAAGUUUUCACUGGCAAUAAAUACACGGAAAAGUGUGACGUCUAUAGUUGGGGCACAAUAUUUUGGGAGGUGUUGGCCCGCCAAGUGCCCUACGAUUGGUUUACCAGGGAUCUAAUAAAUGCAACUGUCCAUGCGCAAGAAUUAGCUAUUAUGGUAGCCGUGGUGGCCGGGGAAAGGCCGUCACUUUUAUAUAACUUGUCCACUUAUUUUGAUUUCGUGAUUGAAAGCACAUGGGAAAGGGAUCCAAUAGAUCGGCCUACUAUAAAUAUGUUGGAGCAUAUGCUGGAAAAUCACCUAGUUGAUAUUCCCUUUGAAGUCUAUAAUAAUUCAUACAUCGGAUUCAACAUUGGACUCAAAUUACUCUCAUAUAAUCAAAACUAUCGACAAAUCGGAAGUCCAAUUAAUAGAGGUAAGGGCUCAUUUGGUACUAUAAAUAAAGGUUAUUGGAAAGGGCAGACUGUAUCUGUCGAUAUAACAAAAAGUAUCACGGUUAAAAAUAUCAAAACUGAGAUUGAACUGUUAUCACGAAUUAAUCAUCAAAAUAUUAUCCGGCUAUUGGCUACCGCCCAGGACCCUGAUAACAUAUGGCUCAUAACGGAGUACGCUGAUGGCGGCAAUCUAUACGAUUUCCUGCAUAUGGGGGCAUCUGUGGCACAAUACAGUAUGUUUCAGGCUAUCCAAUGGGUCUACCAAUGUGCCCGUGGGGUUGCAUACCUGCACAAUAUGAAACCGACACCCGUAUUGCACCGGGACCUUAAAAGUUUUAAUAGGACUAAACUCAAAAUAUGUGGCUUUGGUAGUGCGCGCGAGCGCCAGUCAGAUAUGACAAUGAAUUUGGGCACUCCCAUAUGGAUGGCACCGGAGGUAUUCCGUUGCUCAAGUUAUAACGAAAAGUGUGAUGUCUACAGUUGGGGCAUAAUAUUGUGGGAGGUGUUGGCCCGGGGUUUACCGUUCAAAUUUGCCGAUAGCGUUGAACAAAUCCAUUGGGCGGUCCAUUCAAACAAACGUCCGCCCCUUCUAUCGGAAUGCCCGCAAGUAAUCGAGGAGCUUAUGAUCAGAUGCUGGGCUAAUGAUCCGGAUGUUAGGCCCUCCAUGACUGAUGUUGAGAGCCGAUUGAAAUCCCGUUACGUCCAAUGUCUGACUACAGCUAAUACCGUUCCCAUAAUGGUCUCCAUGUCGAAAUCAGACAACACGCUUAUCACCAAAAGUAUAGACACAUCGGAAGUCCUGUUAAAAGAGAGAAUUGACAAAGGAUCAUUUGGCACAGUGUACAAAGCUAUUUGGAGAGAUCGUAAGGUUGCCGUAAAGUUAAUUAACAGGGAACAGGAACAUGAUUUUGACAUUGAGGAAGCUCAAUUGUCUAGACUGAACCAUAAAAAUAUUGUCAAACUGCUUGCCACCGGUCGAGACAAAGAUAACCUAUGGUUGGUCAUGGAGUUUGCAGAGGACGGUAGUCUAUACAAAGUGGUGCAUAAGUCUAACCCUCAAGUGUCGUACAGUGUGUCUCAAGCACUCCAAUGGCUACAUCAGUGCGCCCGUGGAGUCGCGUACUUGCAUUCAAGAUUACCUAGAGCUAUCAUACAUCGUGAUUUGAACUCUAAAAAUUUAUUACUGUUCAAUCGCCUAACGGGACUCAAAAUUUGUGAUUUUCGCAACGCUCGCGAAAUGACAACAAACGAUAUGACUCAAAAUGUGGUACAUGGCACUCCCAGGUGGAUGGCCCCGGAGGUAUUCCGUAGCACACGGUAUAACGAAAGGUGUGACGUCUAUAGUUGGGGAAUAAUAUUGUGGGAAGUGUUGGCACGGGAACUGCCCUUUCAUUUUGCCGAUAGCGUCGAACAAAUACAAUGGGCCGUCCAUUCAAAGCGACGACCGCCCCUCCUAUCGGAAUGUCCACAAGUUAUCGAGGAGCUUAUGAUCAAAUGCUGGGCUAAUGAGCCUAGUGUUAGGCCCUCCAUGGCCGAUGUUGAGAGCCGG